UCCACCGUUCGAUCAGCCGGCACUAAGAGCGCACAUAGCAGGGACCAGUAAUACGCGAGUUCAAAUGUGUUUUUGUCGCACUUAGUCGCCAUAGAAUCCAAUAUGAACGCAGUAUUUAUUGUGAUCACGCUGGGCUUUUUAGGAGCGCCUUGUUUGAGUUUCAAGGCAAGUCGACCCUUCCAUACGCACGACGCAUGGGGAAAAUCGGCACCCCAAGUCAAUUUUGCGCAGGACGGAUAUUGCCCCGAGGAUUGGGUUGCUUUCGGUGAAAGCUGCUACUGGUUUGCAAGCAACGAAAGCCGGAUGAUGUACUUCCAAGCCCUUCGACACUGCAAGUCGCUAAACGCGAAUCUCGUCACUGUGCUCACGGAAAAAGAACAAAAGUUCUUGUUGAGCCGUCUUAGUGAUGCAACAACCAACCUAUGGAUUGGCCUCGACCGUCUUCCAAACAAAACGUGGGCGUGGACGGAUGGUAACCCUGUCACUUACACCAACUGGAUUAUUGGCCAGCCUCGCCCCAAAGGCGAAGAGUGCACCGAGAUACUGACAGGCACGCUACACCCGGGAAAGUGGAACCAGGUUCGAUGCAACGCCAAGAGAAUGCACGUCUGCGAAAAGAAACAAGACAGGUCGCUUCCUCCCCAGCCUUCGGCAAAGAACAGUUCUCGAUGCGAGCUGGCAUUGCCGGGAUCAUUCGAGUACCGGCAGUCGUGCUACCGCAUGGGUUUGUACCAGGACUGGGACCGUGCUGCAGAGAUCUGUCUAGCACAGGGAGGGCAGCUGGCCGACGUGAGAGAUGUCUUUGAGGACGCCUUCCUCUCAGUCAAGUUCAAUUUUCGUGGUGGCCUGUUCUGGAUCGGUCUCCAAGACGCGAAGGCCACAGGUCUUUUCACCUGGUUGAGCGGCUGGCCGGUACAGUACACCAACUGGGCUCCCUUGCAGCCGGAUGCUUCGACAGGUGACCGUCGUUGUGUCGCUGCUGACCUAGCCACGGGGAUGUGGCGUGUGGAAGCCUGCGACACGCAAUUGCCUUUUCUGUGUCAAUUCGACAAUGAAAAACCGCCAGAAGUAAAGCACCACGACGGCGCAUGUCCCGAACAUGCCAGUAACUGGAUUGACGUGGGCAACCCUUACUGCUAUUGGCUCGAAACGGAACGCCUCCUGACUUUCAACGAGUCCUUCGCCAUAUGCGACAGCAAAAACUCGACGUUGGCCAGCUUUCAUUCCAAGGAGGAAAUCGGAAGGCUCAGUCCGUACCUUCGUAAGUCGCAGCACCAUUUGUGGAUCGGCCUCGUCAGUGCUUACAAUGACAGCUACGAAUGGCUGGAUGGCUCUCCUCUGAAUUACGAGCACUGGAAAAAUGGUGAACCGAGCAGCAUCGACGAGAACUGCGUUGAAAUGCGGCAGUUUGACACACUGUGGAAUGACAUUCGCUGUGACGUGAAAAACGGCUUUAUAUGCGCCGUGGAGAAAGACCCUCAAAGCGAUGAAAACGAAGGUUCGGCAGCAUCGAAGAGGGCGAAAACCAGCGCGGGAGUCUACGUGGCCGUGGCCCUGGGUUCACUGCUCGUGCUCGUCGCGGCGGCAUUUGCCAUUCAGCAGGUGGUGCGUUACUCCCAAUUCAGGCGGCGGAAUGGAGGACUGUUUUCGUUCGAAAACAACGUGUACAUUGAUCCGCCCGUUUAUGACACAAACGCUUCGCUUCGAUGAGCUUCACCUUCACCACUCGUGUGCCGCGUGUCCACUCCAUCUCAGGACAGCGCGUUCAAGAACCAGCGCUAUGCACGGCAUACAAACCCCAUGGAUCUCGGCGUCCAGCCUCUGGACUUCAUCGUUGAUGCAGCCAUCUCAGUAUGGACAGAAUGCUUCGAAAUUUUACCGCUAAGAAAAUGUCAGCCCCGUUCGCACAUGGCGAGGCUUCCAGAGCACUCAAUGCCUAGAUAAUGGGGUAGUCGUUUCUCACUUACUUGGGCAAUGGGAAUGCAUGUGGUGUAUUAUAUUAUGGCUUAAUCGGCCGACCUUUGGAGAAAAGCACCGAGCUUCAACGAGAGGGAGUAAAUGAGCGUGUCAGCUCAUUGGAAAUAGUAUGAAUUUGCUUGAAGAAAGAAUGAUCGGUAGGCGCUGGGUAAGUUUGCUUUUAUUUUUGCAGAACCUGAGGUGAAGAAGUGGUUUGAUUCUAGACCAGGUGAACUGUCAUUACUGCUUCGAAACAUAAAUGAGAAGGGGGUAUUGCGUAGCGUUACUGCUAACCCACAGUCUUUUUCAUUUUUUGUGCGAACGUUGGCGCCUCAUCAGAGAAACACCUUAUAGGGCCUGCAAUUAGUUUGUAUGCCAGAGGGAUAGCCUCAACUGGUUAAUGUAUAAGUUUUUCAGAAAUGGGUGUUUUCCGUUGUGCUUAUAAUUAUUCGGGACAAGGAGAGUACUUCAAAAACUAAGCUUCAGUGCUUUUUGGAGACUGAUACACGUUCUGACCUUAAGAUCGUUCAUAGUUCACAAAACUUUCGUUCGCCCUUUGGUUUUGGAAGUGCAUUGAUUUUCCGAACGUCGAAGAGUUUCACUCUACGCAGUAAAUUAAUAACGUCAGUGCACAGACAAAUAAGAAAUUCUACCAGGAAAAGAUUGUCCCUACCUCUGAUUAGCGCUUAUCAGACGCAUGACAAUGCUACAGCAGCAGAGAAGCUUAGACCUGCCAGCUGUGCACAGCCCUAAACCCCCCCCCCCCUGUUUAUUCUAUAAACUAUUGGAAUGUCGGUUCUUGAGUUAACCGAGGGUGUAUUCCGGAAAACUGUGCUGGAGGUCAGGCCCUACUAUGUAGCAGGUUAUCCUCUAAUGCUUCCUUACCCAGGUUAUUGCUGAGUUGAAGCAGGCGUCAGUCAAAUUUGAGCUUGAUGUUUGCAACAGCAGUCAUUCAAAUAUUAUAACGUUUAGUUGAGAAUGGAAAGCAAAUAUUAUACAUCAUUGCCUUCUGUGGGUCAGGUAGGUUUAAAGUGAGAAGUAGGCACCGGGCAACCACGCCGCUUCAAAAUUGCUCUGCGAAUUUUUUUAUCCUAUGUACCAUUGAAAACUUAAGAAAAAAACGUACUCGAUAGGGAAUGAUGAAAGGAGCUGCCUUGGACUGCCUUCGAGCUAAAUUGUCAAAUUUGUUUAGGUUGUUAUCACUUCAAUGCAAUUGUUUUUGUAAUUCACGCCUAUCCCUGGUAGACAAGAAUUGUAACAAAAUAAAACAUUGCUGACCU